GACAUUGCUCGGAUUGGAUUCUCCCAUUAACUCCCUCCGUUCCAAAGGGUUCCGGAGGCUGGGAUGCUCUGGCGCCUUGGAGGAUGUUGACUCUCGAGUGGGAGUCUGAAGGACUGCAAACAGUGGGUAUUGUUGUGAUUAUAUGUGCGUCUCUGAAGCUGCUUCAUUUGCUGGGACUGAUUGAUUUUUCGGAAGACAGCGUGGAAGAUGAACUGGAAAUGGCCACCGUCCGGCAUCGGCCUGAGGCUCUUGAGCUUCUCGAAGCCCAGAGCAAAUUUACCAAGAAAGAGCUCCAGAUUCUCUACAGAGGAUUUAAGAACGAAUGCCCCAGUGGUGUUGUUAACGAAGAAACUUUCAAAGAGAUUUACUCUCAGUUCUUUCCACAGGGAGACUCUACCACAUACGCACACUUUCUGUUCAAUGCCUUUGAUACCGACCACAAUGGGGCUGUGAGUUUCGAGGAUUUCAUCAAAGGUCUUUCCAUUUUGCUCCGGGGGACAGUACAAGAAAAACUCAACUGGGCGUUUAAUUUGUACGACAUAAACAAAGAUGGCUACAUCACUAAAGAAGAAAUGCUCGACAUCAUGAAAGCCAUAUAUGACAUGAUGGGUAAAUGCACAUACCCCGUCCUCAAAGAAGAUGCUCCGAGACAACACGUGGAAACAUUUUUCCAGAAAAUGGACAAAAAUAAAGAUGGGGUGGUUACCAUAGAUGAGUUCAUCGAAAGCUGCCAAAAAGAUGAAAACAUAAUGCGCUCCAUGCAGCUCUUUGAAAAUGUGAUUUAACUUGUCAAAUAACACCGCAGUCCAACAGACAAAUGUGAACUCUUCUCACACUUCAAGUUGGAGCUACCACUUCUAGCAUAGAUUACUCAGCUUUCCACUGAGGCACAUUAUGCAAACGAGCUUUGGUUUCACAUAAAGCAAUCCCCACGAGAUUUGAGUUUUCCCUGUUACCAAUCUGCAUCCUUUUCAUAAAGCCACCGAGUUCAUGGGAUGUUCUCCAAGUCAUUUCAUACCCUGUGAAUAUUUAAAAGGAAUAGCACCUGGCAUAUGUUUUGGGUUGGUU